UUCAUUGGAUUAUAAAGUUAUUUAUCAAGACCGUAAACACGUGCGUUUAAUCACGGAAUGACAGCCGACGUCUUAUUUAAUUAAUCGGUAAUUGAUUCAAUUGAAGCCCAAACUGUAGACCAAACGAGGAAAGCGAAGAUGUUGCGAAGACAGGCACGUUUGAGGAGAGAAUAUCUCUAUCGAAAAUCUGUACAAGACAAGAUAAAAACGAUACAAGACAAAAAAGACAGGUUAAAACAUAGCCUGGAAGAGAAUACCCCAAUUCAUCAUGACCUGAGGAAAAACGCGUUGCAUUUACAAAAAAAAAUAGAAUGGGAAGAUGCAGGACCUCAAAUGGCUGUGGCAAUUGGUACCGAAAUGGGUGGUGCAGUGUCUACUCAUGAGGAUGAUGAGUACCGCUGGGCAGGAGUUGAAGACCCAAAAAUUGUAAUAACUACAUCUCGUGACCCAAGUUCCCGGUUGAAAAUGUUCGUGAAAGAACUCAGACUGAUCUUCCCAAAUUCCCAAAGGAUGAACCGUGGUAACUAUGAAAUGAAACAGCUAAUUCAUGCGUGUCGAGCUAACGAUGUAACCGACUUCAUCAUCAUACAUGAACACAGAGGUGUACCAGAUACUUUGGUUAUAUGCCAUCUUCCUUAUGGGCCUACAGCUUAUUUCACAAUGUCCGAUGUUGUAAUGCGUCACGAUAUCCCUGAUAUUGGAACAAUGUCUGAGCAGUAUCCUCAUCUGAUAUUUCACAACUUUAAAUCAAAAUUGGGUCUAAGAACUAUGAGCAUAUUGAAGUAUUUAUUCCCUGUUCCAAAGGAAGAUAGCAAGCGGAUAAUCACAUUUGCAAACCAUGAUGAUUACAUUUCUUUUCGUCAUCAUAAUUACAAAAAAAUUAAUGGCAAGGACAUUGAAAUGUCAGAAGUUGGUCCCAGGUUUCAGCUGAAGUUGUAUGAAAUUAAACUAGGCACAUUAGACAAUGCCUCUGCUGCGGAUACGGAAUGGGCUUUGAGACCUUACAUGAAUACUACUUACAAAAGGCGUUUCUUAUCUGAUGAAGACGGUUGGCAACAAGAAGAUGACUUCUGAUUAAAUAAUUAUAAAAAUUAUUUUUUGAUAUUAAACUUCAUUAAACUGA